AGACACAGUCAGGCAGUCGUAUAUAUUCUCUGCAACCCAACGCCUGUCAUGUAACUAGUAUCAGCCACCGGGAUAUACUCGAAAAUCCCUUGGAUAACUAUGACAGAUGCUGUGGGAGGGGUGGUAUCAUCGGUAGCGCGGCUGACAGUCGCCGGUGCGACGUUUUCAGCAGUUGAUUGAUCGGCAAUAUUGCAUGGAUGAGGCUACACGCCUCAACUGACCCCGCCAGUGUGAAGGUAUCGAGAAGGGGAUCUUAUAUAGCGCAGUUGUCGUGAAGCUAAGCUAGCAAACCCCGCCUUCAAAGGAGAUAACUAAUGCCUUUGUUCCGAUUUCUAGGUAUGAGAAAGGCUGCUGCUAGGUAUUUCCUCUCCUGAUCGCCAACCUCUGCAAAAUCCGCCAGCAUGGUCGACUUCGAUGCGGUUGGCGUCGGCAUCGGCGUCCAGCCUUCAUUCGCUGUGGUCUUCUGGACUACCAUCCUAGCUUUCUGGUCAUUAUAUGUUGUUCUUGUUGCCGUGUACCGUUUGUAUUUCAGUCCAUUGGCGCAUAUCCCAGGUCCGAGACUGCCAGCUCUGACAAGGUGGUACGAGGCUUACUAUGAGAUCGUGCUGAGCGGGCAGUACUCCUUCCACAUUAACAAGUUGCAUGAUAUCUACGGUCCCAUUGUCCGGGUUGCACCCGAUGAGAUUCACAUCCGCGAUUCAGCCUUUUACGAUGAAGUCUACGCAAAGAAUUCGCGCGUCGAGAAGCCCGGAUGGGACGUCAAAUUUGGUAGCCCGUCGUCAGUAUUCACGACAGCCGAUGCCUCGACUCAUCGAAGACGACGUGCCGUCCUCAAUCCGAUGUUCUCUCGCCGCUCUGUCCUCUCUCUAGAACAUCUCAUCCAGCAGCAAACCGAGCUGUUGUGUGAGCGAAUCGCCGAAUUCAAAGCAAGCAAGCAACCUCUCUCGGUGACCGGGAUGUUACCUGCCUUCACGGGUGAUAUAAUUAUGGAGUACGCCUUUGGCUUUAGCUAUAAACAGCUCGAGUCGCCGACAUUUGACUCAUUUCAUGAGGCGUUAAUGGCGAUUGGGGGCUCAGCGCACGUUGCGUCUUUUUUUCCGUGGGUCACUACUGCGCUGAAUUCUAUACCCGAUGCAUGGAUGGAAAUGAUUCUACCAAGCAUGGCGAGCUUGCUUCGCCUCAAACGAGACCAAUGGUCUAUAAUAGGCCAUGCCAUCAAUAGCCAACUCAGCGGGAAGCCGGAGAAACAAGAAGACUUGAAGACUGGGACAACCAUCUUCCGUGAAAUACUCUCUUCGACGACGCUCCCCGCCAGCGACAAAGCGCAGCAACGCCUCGCUGACGAAGCUACCAUCCUUGUUGCCGCUGGUGUUGAAACUACGGCAUUCGCGUUGACCGUUGGCAUCUUUCACAUCGUGGACACGCCGGCUAUCUACCGACGUCUCAAGAAUGAGUUGCAUGACGCCUUCCCCAACGGCGACACUGUAAUGCCUUCGCUUCUCGAGCUCGAGAAACUCCCUUACCUGAAGGCUUGUAUCCAGGAGUCUCUCCGUCUGUCUUACGGUAUAUCUGCUCGUAAUCCGCGGCGGCAUCCUGAUCGUGACCUGCGGUAUAACGAUCAGUAUACGAUCCCGAAAGGCACAACGGUCAGCAUGACCAUUGUAGAUGUGCAUCACGAUGAAAUACUUUUUCCGGAUUCCUUCAAGUUCCAUCCGGAGCGAUGGCUUGAUGAUCCUAGGGCUCCCGACGGCCAGCCGCUGGAGCACUAUUUGUUGGCUUUUGGAAGGGGUACUAGGAUGUGCUUGGGAAUAAAUCUCGCUUGGGCCGAGCUCUUUUUCGUCAUGGGCAUGAUGUUCCGACGGUUCGACUACAAAUUAUAUCAAACGGACAAGAGCGACGUGCGUUAUAAAUAUGACUUCUUCACACCGCGAGUGAAACUGGACAGCAAAGGUGUAAGAAUUUUGGUUGUUUAGGAUCUAUCAUUGGGUCAUGUUUUGAUAUGUGAGCAAUCGUAGAUUU